AUGACUUCGAUAAGAGAAGUUCUAGAAUCAAGGAAAUAUGUACCGCCGGCAAAGCUGAAAGCACUGCUGGCCGAGUCCGAAGUGUCUUAUGCAUCCGAAGAGUACCAAAGAUUGCAAUGGGAAAAACUCAAAAAACAGAUAAACGGAGAAAUCAAUAAAGUGAGCACAGAGAACAUCAAGGAAGUGGUAUUGGAUCUUUUCAAGCUCAAUCUCAUCCGAGGCAGGGGUUGGCUUGUACGAUGUUUAAUGAAAUCCCAGGUUUUGUCGCAGUCCUACACGACUGUCUAUGCUGCUCUAAUAUGUGUGCUAAAUUCUAAAAUACCAGAGCUGGGGGAACUUCUAGUCACGAGGUUGAUUUUGCAGUUCAGAAAAGCCUACAAGAAUAACGACCGAGAUACUUGUAAGGCAUCUGUGAUAUUUUUGUCCCAACUGGUCAAUUUUCAGGUUUGCCACGAUAUCGUUGCAUUGCAGCUUUUAUUUUUAUUGUUAGAACAUCCAACGGAUACUACGGUGGAAAUUGCGUGCGCCCUGCUACACAAUUGCGGACACUUCUUGUCAGAGAACUCUUCCGUCGCACUAAAUGCCGUUUUUGAGCGUCUGGGGACGGUUCUGACGGAGGAUAUGGUUUCCAAGAGAAUACAGCUGCUCAUACAGGAGGCCUUCAAACAGAGGAAAAACAACUACGACGCAGCUCCCGUGAUUGCGGAGGAUCUGGAUCUGGUUGAAGAUGAGGAUAAGGUUACGCAUACACUGAGUCUUGACGAUAAAUUGAAAGCACAGGAGACCCUGAAUACUUUUCAGUUUGAUCAGGAAUAUGAAAAGCACGAGAAGGAAUAUGAUGAAUUACGAAAGCAAAUCUUGGGUCUUGAUAACGAUAGUUCCGACAAUGAGAGCGAAGACGAGAGUGAAGACGACGAAGCAGAUGAUGUGGUUAAAGAGCAAAUCCGAGACCUUACAGAAUCGGAACUCACCAAUUUCCAAAAAACUGUCUACUUGACAAUGAUGUCCAGUAUCAACCAUGAGGAAGCCGUGCAUAAGUUGCUAAAGCUGCAACCCAUCGAUCCUGAACGAAAGGAGCAAAUGCUGGUGGACAUGAUAGUGAAAUGCUGCGCUCAGGAGAAAACGUACUCCAAGUAUUAUGCCCUGGUUGGUGAAAAGCUGAUUUCCGUGAAUCGCAAAUGGACGCAGGCGUUUGACCAGGUUUUCGUCGACAACUACACAAAUUGCCAUCGAUAUGAGCUGUCUCUGAUACGAAACAUAGGAUCGUUCUGGGGACACAUGUUGGCCUCCGACAAGAUGGGCUGGGAGAUCUUGCAAAUCGUGCAACUAACAGAGGUGGACACCAACAGUGCUAGCAGAAUCUUUCUCAAGUUUGUGUUUGUGAAAAUGCAAGAAGAACUCGGUUUGAAGAAGCUCAAAGUUCGUCUAUCGGAGGAUUAUAUCCAGCCGUAUAUCAAUGGUCUUUUUCCAACCUCUGGGGCCGACCGGUUGCGGUUUUCCAUUAAUUACUUUACUGCAAUUGGUUUAGGUGCCCUCACAGAAGACAUGAGAGAAAGUCUCAACAAUCUGCCGGAAAGUGAAGAGAGCGACGUCGAAGAUGAAAAUGAACGAAAGAGAACCGCGUCUCCCGAUCAUUGA